AUGUACCGCUCCUGGGGCGGCAGCGUCAUCAACAUGUCGGCCCUGCCCGAGGCCAAGCUUGCCCGCGAGGCGGAGAUGGCCUACCAAAUGAUCUGCAUGGCGACCGACUACGACUGCUGGCACUCGUUCGAGGACGUCGACGUCGCCAUGGUCAUGAAGUACAUGGCCGCCAACAGCGAGAACGCCAAGCGUCUCGUCGGUGGCGUUCUCGACGAGCUGUCCAAGCAGGAGAGCGGCGACCUCGUCCUCGCUAAGCAGUGGGAGGGUGCCUCCCAGGGUGCCGUCAAGUUCAUGACCAAGACCGAGGGUCGCAGCCCCGAGGCGAUGAAGAACGUCGAGUUCUUGUUCCCUGGUUUCUGGAACUAG